AAAGAAAAUAUGCAGAUCUUCGUUAAAACCCUAACGGGGAAGACUAUAACUCUCGAGGUAGAGAGCUCCGACACCAUUGACAACGUCAAAGCCAAGAUUCAGGACAAGGAAGGCAUCCCUCCUGAUCAGCAAAGAUUGAUCUUUGCUGGUAAACAAUUGGAAGAUGGCCGAACUCUUGCUGAUUAUAACAUUCAGAAAGAGUCAACACUUCACCUGGUUCUGAGGCUUAGGGGAGGCACUAUGAUCAAGGUGAAGACUCUCACGGGGAAAGAAAUUGAAAUCGACAUUGAACCGACUGAUACCAUCGAGCGAAUCAAGGAGAGGGUUGAGGAAAAAGAGGGAAUCCCUCCUGUGCAGCAAAGACUCAUCUAUGCCGGUAAGCAGCUUGCAGAUGACAAGAUAGCUCGUGACUAUAACAUCGAGGGUGGCUCUGUACUUCAUCUGGUGCUUGCACUGAGGGGUGGAAAUCCCUAAAAUAAGUGUACUUUUUUUUUUACUUACAGCUUGUUGAGCAAUACUCCAUUGAGUUUGAACCUGUGGUAGUGUGGAUAAACCUAAUUACAUGACAGGAAACUUGUGUUACAUUUUUCUUCUGUAACUCGAUAGAGUUUGAUUGAAGAUAUACCAUGAGUUUUGGAUUUCUAUAUAUGAAGACAAGAGGUGUAUGUUUUUUUUAAAAAAAA